AUGCCGCCCAUUGAACGCGGCUGGGUCACCUUCUUCGUCGACCGCGUCUUCGGCUGGUGGUCCGGCUUACCUGGAGAAACAAGCAGCUACACAACCGAGUUCAUCCAAAUCCCCAUCAACGAUGUAAAACUCGCUGCAAAUCUGUAUCAACCAACCACUCCACCCCUCGGCACCAUCCUCAUCCGCACAUCAUAUGGUAUCGCACCGCUCAUGGCUCUGGGAAACGCACGUAUGUUCGCUUCAAGAGGUUACCAGGUCCUCCUUGCCGCUUGCAGAGGCACAGAUUCCUCUGACGGUCAGGACAUCGUACCCGCAGUUCAUGAAGCACACGAUGGUCUUGCGACUGUUUCUUGGAUGCGCGAACAGCCGUGGUAUACUGGAUCUUUCGCUACGUAUGGAGGAUCGUAUCUUGGACAUACGCAGUGGGCUAUUCUGACGGAUCCACCGCCGGAUAUGAAAGCUGCUGUUAUUAGCACUGGCCCAGUCGACUUUGGUUCUUUUACCUGGGGCACUGGGGCGAUGGAAACACAUAUGAUUGCCUGGGCGGCUUUGAUGACUGCUCCGAAGCGGGGGAUAACUCCUGGCUUGCCGUAUAUCAGGAAAUUGCCGAAAAUCCUGCAGCCUGUUUAUGAUUGUCUGCCUUUAAUGGAUGGUAUAAAAGAGCAUUUACAGAAUAAGGAGCCUCCUUGGUUGGAAGAGUUGAUCAGUCAACCUGACACAUCGACUCCGUUUUGGUCACGGGCUAAUCAGAGUGCUGCACUUAAAAAGGCCAAGAUUCCAAUCUUGCAGUCUACAGGCUGGAACGAUAGCGUUCUACCCAUGGUUCUGAACCAGCACCGUGUUUUAGUGGAACAAGGAGCACCGGCUUUUCUGACUAUCGGUCCAUGGUCACAUCUUGGCUCACAACAAGAACCAACGUUGGUUGAGGGCUUAAAGUUCUUUGACCACUAUCUCGCUGGUCGCGGCACCGCUCCUAGAACAUCCUCAUGUCGAGUCUUCGUUACAGGAUCGAAUGAAUGGCGAGAAUUGGCCAGCUGGCCACCGCUCACUUCGUCCACCCAAAACUUCUACCUAUCCCCCCAAACACUGAGCAAGGAACAACCUGGGCAGACAUGGAACUUAAGCUUUACAUUCAACCCCAGUUACGCAACCCCCCCUAUCGGUAUGCCCCGACCUUUCGAUGAUGUCCAGCCUGCAAACUACAACGACACCGAGCUCGCACAGCGCUCAGAUGUUGCUGUCUUCGAUACCCCACCACUCCAAAGUGAUAUAGAGGUCUACGGAAAACCAUUGAUCGAACUUCAUCACAGCACUGACAAUCCACACGCGGACAUUCUAGUUCGACUCAGCGAAGUGGACAGCAGUGGAAAGUCUAGACGUGUAAGUGAUGUUUAUAAGCGCCUUGAUCCUGCGAGAGGUCUUGAGCCGCUGGGUCUCGCGUUGGUGGAUUGCGCGCAUGUUUUCUGUAAGGGAAAUAAGAUUCGUGUGAUUAUUGCUGGUGGUGCACAUCCAGCUUAUUUGCAUAACCUGGGAACGGGGGAGAACCAGGCAUAUGGGGUGAGGACCGAACCGGUAGUUCAUACAAUUCACCAUUCUAAAGACGCUGUGUCGAGAUUAACUCUCCCUGUCACGGCUUGA